CUCCAAUUGAACGUCCAUACCAAGUACCUUACUGGUAGCCCUUCCGCCGACAACAGCAAGCACGCGUCAAUCCAAGAAAGAUGGAAGCCUCGCCAUGGCGUUUGCUGCACGACUCGCGCCCCUGACCGAGGAUCUCGUCCAGUCCCUGACGCAGCUAUCACCACAGACAGACCCCAAGCGCUUCAGCGCAACCCGAGAUGCCGCCCUUCGGGCCCUCAAGUCCCAUUCAUUUCUUCGCACGAACCAAUUCGAAGUCGAGCGCAGUCUGGAGGGCUUGGAGGAGCGGUUUCGUGUGAACCACCGCGAUGGCUUAGCCGAUGCUCUGCGGCAACGACGAGAGGCUCUGAGCGAGCACCCUUCCGAGCGGCAUCCAGAGAUCCUGUCCUUGCUCUUGGAGCUCUCCGAUCAGCCAACUUUCAAGGCAAAGCUAAGCCAUGUCCGAGCGCUCGGGCAAGAUGACCAAGAGGCAGCCGUGCCGCUACGUUGGGAGGAUCUCGCUAAAGAGGAUGGAUGGGACCAGGACGGCGACCUAUGGAAAACGAUAAGCUACAGCGACGAUUCAGCUGAGGAAGAGUACGAGGAAGAAUCGUCAGAAGAGUCUGACGCGACGACCAUCCCGAACGGUAGCGAUGCGGUUGGACGACUCGCACACGAUUUCAUCAUCCACUCUGAGGACAACAAAGCACUGGAGGCGGUCCAACGAUCGCAGGCAUGGAGAACCAUGACAUCACCGGAUACCGGCGGACGGCCACAAACAUUUGCCACAGCCGAGUCCCAAGUCGUGCGGGAGGUGUUGUUUAUGCUCCAAGGCUUGGACAGCACGCUCUUUGACCACAAAAGCUCUACCGUCAUGGCCUUUCAGUUGGGGAAUUUGGCAUGGGAGACGCAUAGGGCGCUGAUGAAUACUUUCUCAACAUACGGCCACCAGCUUCGCAUCCUACGUGCAUUUGCUAGCCGUCCAGAGAGAGUUCCUCACCUGCAGGCGCUGCAAGACUGCAUCUCCAGACGUCUUCAGGCCGUCGAUGGCAAGCUGUCUGAAAUUCAAGCGCGCCUAGCCUUGCCCCGAGACGAGGUCGUGAUCAGCUUAAUUUCCGUCCGGAGCGAGCUUCUACCGUGGUUACAGCCUCUCUUUGCGUUGUCCAGCAUCAUCACCCAAAUUCAGGGCGGAUCACGGACGGAGACCUUUCGCUAUCUGGAACUUAUGUUUGACGAGACGGGUAUAGCCCAGCUAACGGGGAAGCUCGAGACAUACCAGUUUCUCGCCAAAGUCUUCGUCGAGUGUUUCAACGUCUAUCUUAGACCAAUACGUCAGUGGAUGGACCAGGGCACGCUACUCCCGGGAAACGAGGUGUUCUUCAUAACAGAACCUGCCAGCGACGUGUCAAUGUGCGAUACCUGGCAGGACCGGUUUGAACUGCGCAAGCUCGCAGACGGGUCGCUGCAUGCGCCCAAAUUCCUCAAACCAGCUGUGAAUAGGAUAUACAACGCUGGAAAGAACAUUGUCGUUCUGCGACUGCUCGGCAAGCAGAGCGCAGCGCUGCCUUCGCAGAUGGAAGCCGAGCCACCGCUCGACUACGGCGCCAUCUGCCCUCCAGGAUUCGAGCUGGCUCCGUUUGCAGACAUGUUUGGCGCAGCCUUCAACCGAUGGAUCCAGAGCAAGUAUCGCAAGACUUCGACGACAUUGAAAAACGCCUUGUUUAGCGACUGGGGUCUGGGCUCCUCGCUCGACGCACUGCAAGCGCUGUUUCUCAUGUCGGACGGUGCCGCGGCCGGGUCCUUUUGCGAGAACCUCUUCGCUAGGAUGGAUGCUACGACGGCCUGGCACGAUCGAUACGGCCUCACUGCUGCUGGUAGCGAGGCUUUCGCCUCGCUCUUGGACAUCAAUCGGCUGUCCAUCAGCGUUGACGCGACCGGAAGACAAACUGCCAUCAAGCAGGCCACGGGAUCCGUUAAGCAUUCAUUACCGCACGUCCACAUAAGCUACAAGCUGCCUUGGCCAGUACAAAUGAUUGUCACUAGCGAUAGCAUCGCCCACUACCAAACCGUCUUCACAUUUCUCUUGCAGAUCAAGCGGGCACUGCACGUACUCCACGCUCCAAAGAUUCUGGACAACCUCCAGACGGACAGGCAGAAGUGGGAUGAGCGUGCUCUGUUCUACUCGUCGCGGAGUAAGCUCCUCUGGUUCUGCACCACGCUGCAGACAUACCUGGCGACGCUGGUGCUGGAACCGGUGUGGCAGAAGAUGAGGCUCGACUUGAAAGCCGCGGAAGACCUGGACGGCAUGAUUGCCGUGCACGCGGCUGCGAUGAAGCAGAUCGUCGACGAGGCCUGUCUGGGGAGCAGGCUGGCUCCCAUCCACGCGGCCGUACUCGAUGUGUUGGACCUCGCCUUGAUGCUAGAAGAAGGGCGGCGCAGCGCUGAGGCGACGGCGGCGUCGCAGCCUGGUGGUGGUGAUGAUGAUGCUGUGACACAGGUGGCCGCGCUGCGAAGGGUGUCGGCCGACUUCGACAGGAACCUCCGGUUCAUCACCGGGGGGUUGCGGAGCGUCGCGCGCGCGAGCAGCAGCGCCCAGUCGGCCAAGUGGGAUACCUUGGCGGACAUGCUGCAGACCGGAGAGCCAGCAGACGGCCAUACAUGAUGACAUGUAGGUAGUAUAGCCGCAACGGACCCCCGAGAUGAUACCCCUUUUUCUUUCUUUUG